AUGCCAAAAGUAAAGAAAUCUGAUUAUUAUAAAAUAUUAGGAGUAAAAAAUACUGCAACUUUAUCAGAUAUGAAACAAGCUUAUCGAAAACUAGCACUUAUUUAUCAUCCUGACCGAAAUGUAAACAAAUCAGAAAAUGAACGUGUGGAAGCUGAAAAAAAAUUUAAAGAAAUAAAAGAAAAACAUGGAAAAUCUCCUAAACAAACAACCUCAUCAAAAUCAAAAAAUAAGAAAACAUCUAAUUCUAGAAAAAAAGAAUCAGUUGAAACCAAUAAAGAAUUUAAAGAAUUAUUUACCAAAGCGAUGAUGAAAACAUUAUUUGAAAUAUUAAAAUGA